AUGGCCGUCGUUCCGUCCACGGCACCCUCAGCCACUGGUUUGUAUGAUGAAGACGAGUACGAUGAGUACGAGGAAGGCUACCUCGCCCCUGUCGACGACUCCGUUGAAAUGAAGCGGAUGAAGCUCUUCGUCCGACCCCACACCACCCCAGCCAUGAAACAGCUCUGUGGUACGAAAGGAAUUCGGAGCACGCUGGAUACGAAGGCGAUUCCUCACUGUGAUAAGCUCACGAUUCGGAGAAAGACCCGUUUGGACCUCAUUCGGGAUCAGAUUCCUCGUCCUGAAGGAAGCGUCCCACCCACCGCACUCCCAUCAUGGUUCGAAAUGGACAUGAAGUUGAAAAUCCCUUAUGUUAAGGCACCAGAAAAAUACAUUUACUAUGCUCGUGGCAAGUUGGGAGAACCUCUUCACCGGUGUCACCCUUUCUACACGGUGUACGACCAGCGCAACCAAGAUCGAGUUGUGACCACUCCAUACAAUGCGCUCCAUGACCCAAGCGUAAGGACGUACUUGUUCCAACCAGGUGUCAAAUCCUUCCUCGGGAAACAAGGUUUCAUCAACGAGCGGAACGAGGUGUUCUGCUCACACCGAGAGUUUAACCAGUUUCGAGGCUAUCUCGGCACCAUGUUCAACGAUGAAGUUGGUGAUGCCGUAUUUCGACGGGACUCGGACUGGAAGUACCAGCGACAGCAGAUGGUCAACAUUCAGAAUUACUUGAGCAGCACGAUGGGCCGUCAAGCCUUUUUGAAUUCUAGGAGAAUCAGAGCCAAAGCAUUUCAGAGGGAGGCCCGACAAAAUAGGAUGCACAAACAUUACAAUCGAGAACGACAUAUAGAAACUCAGAUGACGCACUUUCGUGAGCAAAAAGCGCAAGAAAAUCUGAUCCGUGUCAUGAUGGGUUAUCAGCGGGACAAGAAAACUGCAGAGAGACUUUAUCGCCUUCGAUUCGAGAGGAUGAUGGUUCAACGGGAAAUAUUAAAGAACGCGUCUGUAGUCGAUGUCCAAGCGGAGACGAGAAAAAGGAACAAUAUUAUUUUGGCAGCAAAGACAACCGAACUGGCCAAGAUUAACUGGUUGGAUAGCAAGUUGGAAUUUGGAAGGGCGAAAAUGGAACGAAAUCGUCAGUUGGAGGAAGCCUUGCGGGUGGAAAAUGAGACAAACGCUAGCAAACGUCAGCGACGCGUGGAACAUGACAGGGCUAUGCUGCCCGCCAGGAUCGAGAUGGCGAAGGAGAUUACACGCAAAAAGUGGGAGAUUGUUCGUAAAUUCGCAAUGCGCUGGUUGGACAAAGUUCGUCGCCGUCUUAACGCACCCAAAGAUCUGAACCAUGAAAGUGUCUGGAUUGGAAAGUCGAAGGGAGUUUUGGACGACACGCUCAAAUACUUGAAGGAACUUUCUGGCUACGAAAAACUGGACGACUUCAUUCUCAACAUCAUAAAGUUGAAACGCCAGAUCCAGCACCAGAUUGAGCUGGAAGAGGCCGAAGAAGCCGUCGCGGCCGCAGCUGGCGAACGAGGUGAGGUUUCUGCUGAAGGGGCGCAACCUGGAUCUGACCUUACUCCCGUCACGGACGGUUCGAACGACGCCACGGGUGCGCCUCCGACGACGACGAACAGUGCGGAGUAG